GAUGGUGCGAAAUGGGAGCAGGAACAGCUGCUGGCAAGUAUGCUUACCUAUGGAGCGAAGGAUGCAAAACUUAAACAAGAGGAGUUUGACCUACUCCUUGAUGACAAAAUCGACUUCAUCCAAGCUCUUCAAAUGCCUGGUACUCUCGAGAAACAACAGGCUGAGGAAAUCACUGCAGCCCAGAAAAGGAAGAUGACACUGGAAGAAACAAGGCGAUCCCUGCCAGUUUAUGCUUUCCGGGAGCAGUUUAUUGAAGCUGUAAAAGAGCACCAGGUGCUGAUAAUUGAAGGUGAAACGGGCUCUGGAAAAACUACUCAGCUACCACAAUACCUCUAUGAAGCUGGAUUUUGCAAGGACGGCAAAAAGAUCGGAUGCACGCAGCCGCGCCGUGUUGCUGCUAUGUCUGUCGCAGCUAGAGUAGCUGAGGAAGUUGGAUGUAAACUGGGCAUGCAAGUUGGCUACAGUAUCCGCUUCGAAGACUGCACGUCAGAAAAGACGGUAUUGAAGUACAUGACUGAUGGUAUGCUUUUGCGCGAGUUUCUGAAUGAACCAGAUCUAGCAAGCUACAGGUUUCCUCAGAUCUUCCUCUGGACUGACGAUGGGACUAUCGUGUAA